CUUCCCGGUUUGUGUGUGUUUGGCACGACCAUUGACUGUAGAAAACACAGGGCAGAAUGCGGAAGUUUGAGUAAUAUUAGAGAGGAAGAAGGCUUCGAGUCGAGCCUGAACUUUACAGCUGGAAACUUUAUCUUCGUGCUCAGCGGCAGAAAACUGAACGCUCCAUCAUGACUGACGCAGUUUAUACUUCCACAACGACCCCAAACCCUGGAGACAGCUUCUGCCUGAUCCCCUCGGCCCACCUGGACAGAAACCGCUUUAUACUAAAAGUCGUUGAAGUGGUGCUCUCCUUCAUUGCCUUCAUCCUGGAGGAGACGGUGGACAGCUGCUUCAGCUGCUCUCCUCUCUACUUCUUUGAGUUCGUCAGCUGCACGGCCUUCCUCUUCACCCUGCUGCUGCUCGUCCUCCUGUCCACUAAGCUGCACAAAAAAAUCGGCAUCGAGGACUGGUCCAAAGUGGACUUGAUUUACACCGGGGUCAUCGCUCUGCUGCUCUUCAUCUCCUCCUGCGUCUUCGCCACAGACCGCGGCCAUUUGGUUCAGGCGACCGUUGCUGUGGUCUUUGGCUUCUUGGCGACUGUGGCGUUUUUCGUUGACAUCGGCCUGAUGGUGAAGAGCCACGGGCUUCCCUUCCUAAACAAGGACAAGAAGCAGGAGCACACUAACGGCAUCCAGCCGCCGGCAGAGGAGGAAAGACUCAAACCCGAGACAGCUUAAGCAUCUUUCUGCUCAUACGCGUGAGGCCGCUCAUUACUUUUCCCAAUAUUCCUCUAAUAUGAUGAUGAAGGGGCGGAGCUUCCAAUGCUGACCUCACGUCCAUUUUUUUUCUUUUUAAAUCCGGUUUGUAGUUCUUUUCCCAGCGCUGAGGGCGCUCUCUUCAGAAAUCGGUUACCCGUCAUCACCCUGUCACUGUGCAGAGCGCCAAAAACGAGAGACACUAAAACCACCGAACCACUAAAUCUUCUGCUGUAGUUUAGAUUGUAGGAUUUAUUUUUACGCAGUUUGUGAUAAACGCUUUGCUUUAUCGUCCUGUUGUCAUAGAAAGAAUCACAGAAUGAAGUGUUUUUGAAGGCGUCGGCACCGAUUGGUCCAAGUCUCUCCAGCAGAAUCCUGAUUUUAAAAUAUAUUCUCCUUAGUUUUAAUUUGAAUGAAAUGUUGCACACUUUUACCUCCUCAGGAAAAUAUUCCUGAAGUACCGUCUGUGUCCCUGAACGCCUCACGAUGCUCAGGUUGAGACUGAGAGCGUGUUAAAGUCCACACAGUAGCUGCUGAGAGAGCAGCGGUUUGUCACGAUUCGGCCAAUUAUUCAUCAUUCUUACUCGUGUUGAAAUGACUCGGUGUCCAGCAGGGGGAGACGUCUGGUUGUUUAGUUGUUGCAGAUGAGUUAAAGUUCUUUUUUUAUUUCAUUUUUUUAUCUGGACCCUGUGGAAAUGCAGUCCUUUGCCAAAUGUGCCUUAGUCCUCCUUAAAUUUCUCCCCGUGGACCAGUCAGGUUUAUCCAUAGCCUGUAUCUAAAAGAUGGACCUAGCUGCUGUGACAUCACCCAUUUGUUGGUGAUGAAGGCUUUUUUUAAACGCUUUCACGUGAAACGAGCGACAGACUGUUUGAUGAUCUCGGUUUGUUUUCCUACCAGAGUCGUCGCCCCCUGCUGGACGUUACAGAGCAUUAGUUUUCAGGUCUUUUAAUGUUUGGUGUCACUCUUGACGUCAUUUUAAAAGCGAAAUUGUUCUUUUUAUUUUUAAACUUAGUUUUUUACUUCCUGUUUGUGUUUGAUAUCUUUGAUGCCGUGUACUCAAAUAUGAAUAUCGGGGGUAGUUUAGCAAAAUCAGCUCAGAGCUUUUAAUGAUCUCUUUUAAUGCUUUUAUUAACUGUUAUCACUAAUUAUUGCCUUGAUGUUGGGCUCAAGCGCAUCAGAGUGUAAAUCAUAGUGACUCUUGGUGAUUCUAAUCGCUGACGUGUGAAUGUGUUAAAUGAAACAAUGAAAGGGUGAAUAUCAAAGUGUUUGUUUGAGGUUUUCUUGUCUUUACUCUCUGCUGUUGGCGGCUGAAGCUGAUGUAGCUGCGGGUGUGUGAGGGCGUCGUGGAUGGGAAGCCUCCACAGCCGGCAGCGUCAUUAAAAAGAAAAGACAAAAAUUACACUUGAAAAUGAUACUGCGUGCCUACAAAUGAUUUAAAAUUGGAAUGUGAGAGGAAUCGAGCUCUUUGAGCAGAAAUUCUCCUUUUCUUCCUGUUAGAAGCAAGUCCUCCCUCCCCUCUGUCACUCGCUGAUGGGGUUUCUCACCAGUACUGUCGGGCACCUUGGAGUCCCUCCCCCUUCUCUGUUGUUGUGAACGUGUUCGUGGUUCAGUAAUCCUCCGUCCCACUCACACCCACUCAAACUUCACUAAAGUCACAUCAAACUCUAAAUCAGUUUUAUGCCCAGAAAAUGAAGCGGACUGCAGUUUAAAGGCAAACAUCCAUCUGUUUUUGUUUGUGGUUUUUUACUACAAAUGUGAUAUUUUUAAAUGUUUAAUUAUAAAAACUGUUUUUUCUUUAUUUCUGAGGUCUCAUAUUUUUUAUCUUUUUUGUUUGUUUUUUUAAAUUGCGUCCAUUUUUCCAAAGUCUCAGGAGACAAAAUAAAGUCACAUUCAACAUUUUUUGUUAAAAAAAUGAAAUCAGUGAGAAGUUUGAAAUUCAGAAACAUUUGAGAGCACAUGAAGCAGCAGAUUAAUAAAGGACGGUUUUUAUACAAACUUCUCUACAUUUGUGAAAAUGAAAAACACUUUAUGAUGACGAGGACAUUUGUUAGUAAUCAGAGUACACUGGAACACUUUUUCUGUGUGUGUCAGACAAUCCAGAAAUCUGAAAUCAUUUCUAUUUGAGACCAAGUAAAGUUUAUUUUCAAGACAGAAAGCCCGUUUGUUUUGUAUAUAAGUUUCUCUGAUGUUUGGCAGCCUGUGUGUGAACAUACAGUUAUGAUUUCAUUGUCUGUAAUAAAUUGCUGCAGUUUCUUUCUGUCACAUGAUAAAGAGAUUUUCAAUAAA